UCUUUUUCGUUUUCGAGUUAUCGUGUGAAACUUCAAGGUGGCGCUUUCCAUUCUGCUUUCACCGGAACCAGAACUGUGUAACCAGUGGGUGUAUCUUUAACCUAUCUGAAUUCUGUCUACUAUCAAAUGGCGGCAUUAUAUUAUUUCUGACUUAAAAUUCUGAAAAUAUUAUUAAAUUCUAUAGCUAGGACAGUUCUUUUAUAACACAAAGUUUCUGUGGUGCAUUUGACUAAAUAACCAUGCCUGCUGUAAGAGGAGAAGGAAUGCGUGGCCUUGCCGUUUUUAUUUCAGAUAUCAGAAACUGUAAAAGUAAAGAAGCUGAAAUCAAAAGAAUAAAUAAAGAAUUGGCCAAUAUCAGAUCAAAAUUCAAAGGAGAUAGAGCAUUAGAUGGAUACCAGAAAAAGAAAUACGUUUGCAAGCUUUUAUUUAUAUUCUUAUUGGGACAUGAUAUUGACUUUGGUCAUAUGGAAGCUGUUAAUCUUCUGAGCUCAAAUAAGUAUUCUGAGAAACAAAUUGGAUAUUUAUUUAUAUCUGUACUGAUGAAUGCAAAUAAUGAACUGAUGCGCUUGAUUAUCCAGUCAAUUAAGAAUGAUCUUUCAUCGCGUAAUCCAAUUCAUGUUAACUUGGCUUUGCAGUGCAUUGCCAAUAUUGGUAGCAGAGAAAUGGCUGAAACAUUUGGAUCAGAAAUCCCUAAAUUGUUGGUUUCUGGUGAAACAAUAGAUUUAGUAAAACAGAGUGCCGCUCUUUGCCUACUUCGUCUUUUGCGAACGAUGCCAGAGAUAAUUCCUAGUGGGGAAUGGACAACUCGCAUCAUUCAUCUAUUAAAUGACCAGCAUAUGGGUGUAGUAACUUCUGCAGUAAGCUUAAUUGAUGCAUUUGUAAAGAAAAAUCCAGAUGAGUACAAAGGAUGUGUAUCUCUUGCAGUCUCUAGACUUAGUCGAAUUGUGACUGCUUCAUACACAGACCUUCAAGACUAUACUUAUUAUUUUGUCCCUGCUCCUUGGCUGUCUGUUAAACUAUUACGCCUUCUGCAGAACUACCCUCCACCAGAGGAUGCUGGUGUUAGAGGUCGCUUGACUGAGUGCCUUGAAACUAUUCUGAAUAAAGCUCAGGAACCCCCUAAGUCUAAAAAAGUUCAACAUUCCAAUGCUAAAAAUGCUGUGCUGUUUGAAGCUAUAAGCUUAAUAAUUCAUAUGGAUAGUGAAGCUAAUCUUCUUGUAAGAGCUUGUAAUCAACUUGGCCAAUUUUUGCAACAUCGGGAGACCAACUUAAGGUAUCUGGCUUUAGAAAGUAUGUGUUUGUUAGCAACGUCAGAAUUUUCACACGAAGCAGUCAAAAAGCACCAAGAAACUAUAAUUAAUGCUCUAAAAACUGAAAGAGAUGUUAGUGUUCGCCAAAGAGCAGUUGAUUUGCUGUAUGCCAUGUGUGACAAAAGCAAUGCUGAAGAAAUUGUUGGAGAAAUGUUAGCUUAUUUAGAAACUGCUGAUUAUUCUAUUAGAGAAGAAAUGGUCUUGAAAGUUGCUAUUUUAGCUGAGAAGUAUGCAUCUGAUUAUACCUGGUAUGUUGAUGUGAUUUUGAACUUGAUACGUAUUGCUGGUGACUAUGUUAGUGAGGAGGUGUGGUACAGGGUUAUUCAAAUAGUCAUAAAUCGGGAUGAUGUUCAAGGCUAUGCUGCCAAAACUGUUUUUGAAGCCCUUCAAGCACCAGCUUGCCAUGAAAAUAUGGUAAAAGUUGCAGGAUAUAUAUUAGGAGAAUUUGGAAAUCUCAUUGCUGGAGAUCAGAGAUCAAGCCCUCUGAUACAAUUUCAGCUGCUACAUUCAAAGUAUCACUUGUGUCCAGCUCCAACUAGAUCCUUGUUGUUAACUACAUAUAUCAAAUUUAUUAAUCUCUUCCCUGAAAUUAAACAUGAAAUUCAAUCAGUUCUGAAAAGCGAUAACAAUAUUAGAAGUGCAGAUGCUGAACUCCAACAACGAACCGUUGAAUACUUGCAGCUGAGUAGUAUAGCCACCUCUGAUGUCUUAGCUACUGUUUUAGAAGAGAUGCCCCCUUUCCCAGAAAGAGAAUCUUCAAUAUUAGCAAUUCUUAAGAAAAAGAAACCAGGAGUUGCUGAAGGUCUUCCUCCAAAUGCUGUAACCAAAGAUCAUCCCACUUUGUUUAACCAUACUGCAUCAAAUAAUGUUGAUGUGAAUAAUACACCAGCAGCAACUACUGGUGACCUCUUGGGUAUCGCUAGUACUCCAACAAAUCCUCAAGCUCCUACAACAGCAGUAUCAACAUCAAAUGAUCUUCUUGUAGAUGUAUUUGGGGACUUGUCAUCCCCUGCUUCUGCUCCUAAUGCAGGAUCACCACCAAAUAACUUAGCUCCUGGAGCUGUUGUUGUAACAAAUGAGGAGGGAUUGUAUAAGUUGGUGUGUAAAAAUAAUGGAAUUUUGUUUGAAAACGAUCUGCUUCAAAUUGGUGUAAAAAGUGAGUUUAGGCAAAAUUUAGGACGAAUUGGUUUAUUUUAUGGAAACAAGACUCCACUGCAGUUUAACAAUUUCACACCAAAUGUUUCAUGCUCUGAUGUCUUAAGUAAAAAAAUUAAUAUUCAGUGCAAGCCUGUGGAACCUACAAUAGAGGCUGGAGCUCAGGUUCAGCAGCAAUUAAACAUUGAAUGUAUUGAGGAUUUCAAUGAAAAACCUGUUCUUACGGUUCAGUUUAUGUAUUCUAAUGUGCUCCAGAAAUUAACUAUGAAACUUCCUGUGACUAUAAAUAAAUUUUUUGAACCAACUGUAAUGAAUUCAGAAGCAUUCUUCACUCGAUGGAAGAAUUUAAACAACCCUUCUCAAGAAGCUCAGAGAAUAUUCAAAGCCAAAUAUCCAAUGGACAACGAAGCAACAAAAACUAAGCUUAAUGGUUUCGGCAUUCAACUUCUGGAAGGUAUAGAUCCAAAUCCUGACAAUUUUGUUGCUGCCGGAAUAAUACACACAAGUACAGUUCAAGUUGGUUGUUUAUUACGACUGGAACCAAACAGACAGGCGCAAAUGUAUCGACUGACUGUGAGAACUAGCAAAGAUUCGGUUUCCAAAGAGCUGUGUGAAUUACUACAUGAUCAGUUUUGAGCAGUUGCUUUGUUAUUUCCAGAUUUUGCAUUAUUUAAAAUUUUCUUUUCUGGAAACUGGUGCGAUGGACUGUUGCACUCUUGUCUAUUUAUAUUGUGCUUCAUGGAAUUGAAAGAUCCCCUUAUAGAAUUGUAUAUUUGGCCAAGUGGCACAAUUACUCAGUAUUGAGUUUUUAUGCUCGGGUUUCUAAUAUAUACCAGUAUUUUGUUCCUGAGCUGUGGUGUAAAAUUUUAUGUAGGGAUUAUAUAUGGUCACCUUUCAUUUUGAAAGAAAGUUGAAAAGUACAUGUAUAUUGUUGACAGAGAUGCCAGGCCUGAAUGUUUGUUCUUGAUGGACUUAUUUUUUGAAUUAUGUUUUUAGAGCAACAAUAUAAUGUUUCUCUGUUCCUUCUCCAUUAUCAUUCCAAAUUAUAUAUGUGUAUAUAUAUAUAUAAUCAUAUAUGAUUGAAUUGAGUGAUGCAAUGAAUUUCUAAUUUCAGAUUUUAAAGAAUCAUAUUACAUGUAUUAUUUACUCCAACAUUCCUAAACUGAAUAAUUACCAUAGGUUAAGUGAUUUAAUCUUAAGUAAAUUUUUAAAAUCGUCUAUUUGUACUGAUUUUAAUGAAAUAUCUUGUUGAGCCAAUAUAUAUGCUAAAUGUAUUUUUUAAAGUAUUAGUUGUCUUUAAUGAAGAUUGGAAUGUUUUGAAGGGCACAUACUUAUGGACUUAUUCAUACUUUUGAUAAAAAUUUAAAGGAAUCUAUAUGUUUGAAUUUCUUGGUUUGAGAUUUGAUCAAGGAAAUUUGAAAUUUCUAAUUUAAAAUGUUACCUUUUCAUGAUACCCUUGUGAUAUUUAUAUAGAUUAUGCCUGUGUAUCUUAAUAAUGAAUGUUGGCAUCUCUGUUACUAUAGGUAUUUAGCUAGAAAGUGUCAUGUGAAUUUCAUGAAAUUUAUAGGUCUAUGUUAAGAUUUUCCUAUGGAAUGUUAUCUGCUGUAAGGCUUAUAGAGUGGUGCACAAACUAAAGUUUGAAACUAGAUCUAUAGAUAUGGCAAUUUCUAUUUUUCAAUGUCAUUAAAUUUGCUUUUGCAAUCUGAGAAUCUUAUUUCAAACAAAUGUUUAAUUGAAAGCAUUGAGUUUAGUGUCAUUUUUUGCAGUGCGAUGUGCUUUGUUUCAGAUGUAUAGAAUAGAUGAAUUAAAAUCAACAAUUUAAUUUUUUUUUUUUUUUUUCUUUAAAAAUAGAUCUGAAUUUAAGUGUAAUGUAACUUUAUAAAGUUAAUGUAUUUACAAUUUUAUAUGCAUUACAUUACAAAAAAGUAUGUUUGCAACUGUUGAGCCUGCUAAAUGAGAUUAUGAGAAAUGUUUAUCGCAGCUGAUGUAUCAACAUUUGAUAAAAUUAUAGUUAAAAAAUCUCACCACUGUGAAGAUUUAUAUUUAUUUUUGUUUGUUUUUUUCUAUUGAUACAUAACUUAAUUUUAUUUGUAAUCGACUUUUAUUGCUAGUUAAGACUGAAAAAUGUAUUUUUUGUCAUCUUUCAUGUUAGUUAUUAAAAGAAAUGUGCAAUAAUUGAAGACUUGCGUUUAACAUCAUAUUCUGAUACUGUAAAACUUCUUCAUAUGAAUUAUUUUUUCGAUUUUGGUGCAAGUCUACUUCAUCAAGUGCCUGUAAUAUUCUUUAUAAUUAAGAAUGUCUAUAAAAAGAUGAGAUUUAAUUUAUUCACCACAAAAUUUUCCUUUUUUUUAUAUGAAAUGUAUAUUAUUAACUGUUGAAUGGAUUAAAAAAAUUUUGAGUGCAUUUAGUAUCUUAACAGCAGUUUUGUGCCAACUAUUUAAAAAUGUUGCUGGGUUUAAAUAAUGUGAUUAUGUGUAUAAAUGAUCUCUAAGUCAUUCUGUUUUUUUGUCUAUCAAAUGAUUUCAUUACAUGAACUUUUGCCUUCACAGAAUAUCUGAUUAUUGCGAUGUGAACAGAAAUGCUAUUACAUGUUAGUUACUUUAUAUAUAUUAAUGUAAUCAUCAAUAACAUCCACAUUAUAGAUUAUCAUUCUUUUUUUUUAUGUACAGUGGUGAACUACAGAAAUGUUUUAUGAGCUUGAAGAUUCUCAUAUUGCCUAUGGUAAUGUUUCAGUUAGUAUUUUAAAGGAACUUUCAAGAAAUGAAUUUGAAGUGACUUUAAAGUUUCGGCUGUUAAUUUGUCAAGAAAUUGUCACUUGAUUUAACUUCAAAAUAAGUUUAUGUAGCUCACCUAUUCCGGUUGAAAUGAAUUUUGUUUUCAUUAAAAUCAUGUAUACUGUA